UAGGAACAGAGUGUAGUAACAGAGUUUGUUGACAUUUUUGUGAAUGGAAGAGCUGUGCGCGGUACUGUUGUCCUGUAAAUCUGUACAGAAAUAUGUACGUCGUAAUUUUUUAGUUGUGAGCAUUUUCAGCUUUAUUUUUUUAUUGUCUGACAUCAUGUGACCCUUUUUGUUUUGUAUCGGGACAGUGAUAAUUAGUGGUGUGCAACCGCUUCCUACAUUUCUUUACUUUUUAGGUUUAGGUUUCAGGAAAAGAGAAAAAUGUUUAAAAUGAAAAUAUUAAUAGUUGGACCAGGUGAGUGUGGAAAAUCCGUGGUGGCAAAUUUUCUUUCGGAUACCACAGAAACAGUGGGAGGAGAGUACAAUCCGACUCAGGGAGUGAGGAUUCUGGAGUUUGAGUGCCAGAGUCUUGGAGGUUCUGGAAAAAAUGUGGGAUGUGAAGUGGAGCUUUGGGACUGCGCUGGUGAUCUAAAAUUUGAGUCCUGCUGGCCAGCUAUGAUGAAGGAUUCCAAUGGGGUGGUCAUUAUGUUUAACCUUGACAUGCCAAGCCAUUUAAAAGAAGUGGAGACCUGGUACUCCUCAUUUAUUUCCGCACAAGGGAUGCAGGAUAGCCAAUGUCUGUUGAUGGCUCACCACAAACCAGGCUGCGGAACCAACAAUGGACAGCCAGCUUUAGCUCCACACCUGAACAAGUUGAACCUGGUCCAUUCAAACUUAGAGGAAGACCCUGAAGAGAUCCGGCAGGUGUUUCGGCGCUACUUGGGCACCAUAGCAAAGACUCUGUCUGAGAGCCGAGAGCGCGAGGAGAUGUCCAUCAUCACCUAGAGCUCAACUGCUCAUCUUCACUUUGAAGAUUAAUCACACCAGCUAUAAUAUGACUCUGAGGCUCUUCAGUGAAAAUUAAAACUCACUAGUUAUUUUUAUGAGGGAUUUAGGUAUAACUGGUAAUACACAAAGACAACUUUAGUGUCUGUCUCAUAUUGGGAGAGCACUGUGUGUGAUAUGGUACGUAUCAGAGUUCCUAUACAGCUGGCAGGCUGGCCAUUGUAUGGCUUUGAAUAAAGCCAAGCCUUCUUUGUAAGAGUGUAUAGAUGCAUUAAGCAGAGUUAAUAUUCAUAUGGACCAUACUAUAAUAUAAAAACCUAGUUCAGUACUAAUUAGACAUCCUCUUUCCUUAAUUCCUUUUGUCAACAAUGCUUGCUUUUCUCAUAGAACUAGGAAGUCUACAAUUUAGCAAAGCACUGCAAAUGUCUUGCAAAAGAGAUUUUUUUUUUACAUCUUUUUCAACAGACUAUAACCUGUAGGCAUGGUUUCAUUUUUUGCUUUGACUGAAAAAGUUUGUAAAUGUCAUGUAUCUUAGUCUAUGUUUUCAGUACAACAUCUACAAUAAAAAAACCAUUAAAAGAA